AUGGAAACCGAUGUCGUGGAAGAUAACAUUAAAGUAGUCGUCAGGAUGCGACCUCCUCUUGCAAGGGAAUCAGCAAGAGUAUAUUGGAAGGUUAUCGAUGAUCAUACUAUUGUUGAUGGAGAAGAGAAAAGCUACACGUUUGAUCAGGUAUAUCGUGAAAUAGAUCGAACACAAGAUGUGUUUGUUAAUUCAGCAAAAGAUGUAGUGGAAUCAGCUAUGGCUGGUUAUAACGGAACUCUAUUUGCCUAUGGGCAAACUGCAUCUGGUAAAACAUACACAAUGUUUGGUACAGAUAAUUCAGAUGGCAUUGUUCAAAUGGCACUCGAUACAAUUUUUGCAAAGAUCUUGGAAGGAAGCGGUAAACGGUAUAUGUUACGCAUAUCAUGUGUUGAAAUUUAUAACGAAAAAGUAAGAGAUUUGCUAUCUAAUUCGAUCGCCGAUUUACCGAUAAAAGAAUUCAAAGAAAAAAUCGUAGUGGACGGUCUGCGAGAAGAAGUUAUUGUUUGCAAAGAUGGUGUCGCAAUGCUGAUCCAACGAGCAUUUGCAAAUCGUGUAACUGGUGAAACUGCUCUUAAUGAACGUUCAUCACGAUCACAUGUCAUUCUUCGCUUUGUAAUCGAAUGCUACGACGAUGCUGUUGCCUCGAAUUCUUCUUCUUAUAUUUCAUUUCUAAAUGUGGUGGAUUUAGCCGGUAGUGAAAGUGCGAAACAUUCGGGAGGGGAUGGCGAUCGUUUAAAAGAAAGCGGUAAAAUAAACACCAGUCUCUUGGCUCUACAAAAAGUUAUAAAUCAAUUAAGUGAAAAAGGGAAUGGUCAUGUCAGCUUCCGCGAUUCCAAGUUAACACGUUUAUUGAAAAAUUCAUUGGGUGGUAACGCACGAACGUUAAUAAUCUGCACCGCUUCACCCACCGAGGUUACGCAAACCUUACAAACGCUCAGGUUUGCCGCAAGUGCAAAGAAUAUCAAGAAUAAACCACGGAAAAAUUGGAAUACUGAAGGAUUGCUAACCCAAUAUAUUCAGACCAUUGAACGCCUGAAGGCUGAAUUAGAGGAAAAUCGAAAAAACGAAACUGCAGAGCUUGAAUUAAUAAACAAAAACAUUGAAUUAAGCAAGGAAGUCGAACGUUUAAGAAAAUGUAUUCUUUCAAGUCGAGUACUUCCACAAUCUAUUCAAAAAGAUAACGAUCGUCGUGCGCGAAGACAAACGUGGGGUGGUAACUGGGCUCGUCCAGGUACGGAUUUGCUUCUGCCAUGUGCGAAUUCACCUCCUAACGUUCAGUUGCACGAGAAUCUUGUUGUGGCGGGAUUAAAAGAUAGUGCUGUUGAUGAAAUAUCAGAGCAACAAGAUACAGCAACGUUUUAUGAUGCAUCAGUCGUAGCAUUUACGACUUUAAGACUCGAUGAUGACGAAGCAGAUACCGUGACUGAUGAUUUUCAAGUAUCAAAUCAGGAUGUUAAUCAAGUAAGAGAAAAUGAAUCCAUGGUCACAACUGAUGACGAGAUUGAGAAUCAGCAGUCACCUACGACAAACCACAGUGCUGAAGAUGAGAAGCUAUCUAUCGGAAACUCCACAAUUGAUCAGAAAAUAAGUGAGGAUGAUUCGCCAAGUUGUGGUGAAAACGAAGACAUCGAGAGUAUACAAUCGAGUCCAUUGAAUGAAUUUAAAAAGAAAGUAAAUCAUUUGGAAGCUACGGUUGAUGAACUGAAAGCAGAAAAUGAGAAUCUAAAGGAAGAAUUGCGCUGCAGAAAUCGGGAUAUAAGUUGGUUGGAGAAGCAGUGUGAUGAUGCCGACAGUAAAGAAACAGAAUUAAGGGAGCAAGUAUACGAAACGCAGAAAAUCAAUGAAGAAAAUUUAUUGGUAAUUGCGGCACUUCGAAAUGAGAUUGUACAGAUGAAGGAUUCAAUGAUGGCUUCCGAUGCUGUAGAUAUUCAAAAUAAGGAAAACUUAUUUCGUUUAGAAAAUGAAAUUCAAAAGAAGGAAAAGGAGGCACGUGAGAUGAAAGGAGAGAUUGCUUCAAAGGACCGAAAAAUUAGCGGGUUAUUAUUGGAAUUACGUCGGGUAACGAAUAAACAGGAAUGCAUGGCAGAAAAAGCGCGAUUUGGAGAAAAUGAUAAUGACAGCAUAUCAUCCAAACCAGCCAACUGUACUAACGCCCAAAUGAAAUCAAAAAAUCGAUAUGCCAUAAAAGUAGAUUCGUCACAAUCGACACCAGUAAAAAAUUAUCCGGAAUGCACAACUCAGUGA